AUGGCUGAUAGCGUAAGUGCAUCCUAUCCACAAUCGACAUCACCUGGAAAUCCAGAUCAACAAUAUGUCCAACAUCAGUAUGCUUAUCAAGCACAAGCACCAAGCCCAGGCGGGCAUCAAUAUUACAGCGCAGCAAGUGGUGUUGAACAGCAACAAGUAGUUCAAGAUAAUGGUGAUCAACAAAAUAGCGUUCAUCAGGGUCAAGAUGUUAACUAUUCACAAUACACACGUAGCGGAGCUGAACUUGCUAAUGACCAACAAGUCAGUAGUGGUAGUUUUGCUGAACAAAGUAAUGCUGGUAUUGUCCAACAAUACGCCGGUGCUGCUGGUCAGCUUGCUCAACAACAAGGACAAAAUGGUUAUAAAAUCAACUUUGAUCCCAACCCACAGAUUAUCCGUAAACAUGCUAAUGACGCGGUUACCUACAAGCAAGAAGUUGCUGUGCGAUAUUUACGACCACCAACACCACCACCACCGGGCCCUUUGAUUAUUAAAGAGGUUCGCAACCCUGCCUUGCCACCAGCUCCACCUAUUGUCAUUCGUCAACGACCACCUCGGCCAGCAACACCGCCACCACUCAUUAUUCGAGAACGACCACCUCAGCCGCCGGCACAACUUGCGCCAAAAUUGAUUACUAAGCCAUUGCCACCACCUCCACCUCCACCACGACGCGUCAUCAUUGAGCGAAUGCCACCGCUACCGCCUAAGCCUCAAAGUAUUAUCGUUGAACGUUGGCUUCCGUAUAAACAACAAAAACGACGUGUCAUCUACCAAAAAGCACCACCUGUUCAACCGCCAGCGCCGCAAAAAAAUCUUAUUAUUCAAUGGGAAGGUACACAAGCACGUGUCGUCAAAGAAUUCCGCAAUUUAGGCAUCAUUAAAGCCGAUCCUAAUACAUACAUUCAACAAUACGGACCACAGCUACGACCGACACAAGGCUUACCAGAUUUCGUCAAGGGAUUACCGACUCCUAAUCUCGGCCCCGAAUAUACAGCGGGUGCUAAUCCUGAUCAAGUUGAUCCGGCAUUACUGGCUGGUGCUGCUGGUCCAAUAGGUGGCUAUGAAGCGGUUGGUGAACAAGGUCUUCUCUCUAGUGCAUCCAACGGUUCAUUAUCGGGUGCCAAUCAAGCUAGUUUUCUUCAAGAAAACGUUCAAUAUGCAACAUAUGGCGGUGCCGGAAACGGUGCUGGUCAAGUUCCUGGUGAACAAGGCGGAUAUAUUUAUCAGCAAAGUGCAUACUCCAACGGAAGCACCGUUGAAGGACAACAAUACGCCGAUCAGCAACAAGGUUUCGAGCAACAAGGUCAACAAGGUAACGGUUUCGUACAAAAUGUACAAUAUCAAACAAUGCCUCAGUAUGGUGUCAAUGGUUAA